AUGGUCUCCCUCGCCACCCCCUCGCGCAGCCCAGCGACGGCAGCUAGACCGACCAACCCCUCCAAAAUGAGACUUCCCUCCUCGCCAGUGUCCAUUUUGAAGAGGUCUAAAACCGAUACUACCACUCCCGGACUGAAACAUCGAAUGGAGGAAAUGGACCUCUCGCUCUCUCCGCCGUCCAACAGUCCGUCGCCGGACUCGACCCCGAGUCCCCGCAAGCGACCUCGAGUACAAUUCGCCGACCUGCGGCGGGCUACCUACGAUGGUCAACAGUCUAGGACGCCAGAGAAGAGCGCGGCCCUGGUACGGGAAGAGGUGCGCCGAGCCAUCCAGCGACAUGUCUCGGACGGCGGCAGCGAGGCGUAUGACCGGAUCAAGGAGGUGUUCACGGCGGACCCGCGCAAACACGAUGACGGCAUCGAUAUACCUACACACACGUCUUUAAAGAAUCAUCUCCUGGGACUUUUGUCCAACGUGGCGGCCUUGGAUCGCAGUUGCAACGGGCUCGUCACGGCCGUUCUGGACAGCCAGUGGCUCGGACGCGAUGAAUCGUACGUCAAGCUAUAUAUCCGCUUCCUAGGUAAUUUGGCUGCUGCUCAAGGGGUCCAUCUGGGGUCGGUGCUCCGAAUGCUCGUGAAAUACCUGCGCGAGCUUCCUCGCGGGACCGGUAGACUGCCUGGCUACGCGCGCGUCCAUGCGAAGGAGCUGUAUCCCCGUGUCCACAUGGCCCUUCGGUAUGUGAUAGGGUUGAUUCCGUCUGGCAGUGGGGCCCUGUCACCCAUCUUAUCCUCCGAAUUCCCCUCCCCCGUGGAUUCGGCCAAAGCCAAUGUUGCGUAUACUCACAAUCUCCUCCGAGUGAUUGGGUAUGCUCCUGAAUUGCAAGCCGACAUCCUCGCUCUGAUCACCGAAAAGCUCGUCAAGAUUGACGUUCAGAUCCAGGUCGACCUGGAAGAUCUCAAGGACGAAGAGGAGGAGGGCGUCCUGCAAGAUGUCUCGCCCGAAGAAAUCAUGUACGCCGAGGGCGAUGAUGAGGACGAUGAGGACGAAGAUGACGACAACGACUCGGUCCUGAGUGAGGGUUUACUGGACAGCGAGGCGCAACACAUCAAGACUAUCAAAGAUAACACUCUUAAGCUUGAUGGCAUGAUCGACUCUCUCUUCGAAUACUACAACCCUCCAUUCACGACGGGUACCUUGGACGACAAGAAAAGCGCUCUUGAUACUUUAAUCAACCAUUUUGAAAGCAUAAUUCUUCCCACCUACAAAUCCCGACACACUCAGUUUAUUCUUUUUCAUUUCUCCCAGUUUCAUCCGGAUUUGGUGGAUCAGUUUACGGGCAUGUGCAUAGAACUCAUCUUCGAGAUGAAGAAGCCGGUCAUCACACGCCAGUCCGCCACCGCCUACCUUGCGAGCUUCGUUGCGCGAGGCGCGCACGUUUCUGGAGAUGUCGUGCGAGAUGUGUUCGAGAUGCUGGGUAUGCACCUGGAAGACCUCCGCACCGACUACGAGGCUACCUGCCGUGGACCGGAUCUUCGUCGCUACGGGUCAUUCUACUCGGCGGUGCAGGCGUUGCUAUACAUAUUCUGUUUCCGCUGGCGGGACUUAACGACCGCGGCGAUGGAGGGCGAAAGUGUCGACCAGGUGGACGAAAUGGACCCGGACGACAUCACCUUCCCUCCUAUGGUCAAGGAGGUGCUACACCAGGCCAUCCACUCCAAGCUGAACCCACUCAAGGUGUGCUCGCCGCCCAUUGUGUCGCAGUUCGCGCGCAUGUCGCAGCACCUGAACCUCAUGUACGUGUUCAGUAUCCUCGAGACCAACAAACGCGUGCGCAUGUCGUCGUAUCGCAACCUCUCGGCGCUCGCGGACCCUCGCUUCGCCCAAAUCGAACGUGAAACGCGUGCCGGCGAAGAACUUGGGAAUCAACUGGACGCGUACUUCCCGUUCGAUCCGUACCAGCUCCCUCACAGUAGCCGCUGGGUGAAGGAUGACUACGUUGAAUGGCGAGGUAUCCCGGGACUCGACGACCAGGAGGACUCGGACAGCGAGGCGAACGGUAGUGAGUCGGAAGACGAUAUGAGCGAGGGCACGGGAACAGACGAGGAAUGA